AUGUCAACAUCUAUUCCCGUCGUGGUCGGCGUUGGCGACAUCAAGAACCGCUCGACUCGCCUGGAAGAUGCAGUCGAGCCUUUAGAGCUUAUGUUGCAGGCCAUUGCAGCGGCCUUGAAAGAUACUGGAAUAUCCGCUGAAGAUGCCCAGACUCUCCAACGGGACAUUGAUAGCAUCUCCGUCGUGGCUAAUUGGACAUGGCCUUAUCCAAAUACCCCAGAGCUGUUAGUCGAAAGAUUAGGUUGCCAAGCUACUUAUCUUCAUGAAAGUGAGCAUGGUGGCAAUGCGCCCGCAGAGCUGUUCGAUGAAGCUUGCCGGCGCAUUGCUAGUGGGGAGACCAAAGUCGCCGUUGUCACCGGCGGAGAAGCCCUUGCAUCAUUGGGCGCAUUCCAGGCUGCAAAGAGGUUCCCCCCUCCGGGUUGGACCCAUGUGGAUGAUACUACCUCUAUCUGGGAACGGAAACGCAAGAGUAAUCUGGCCAGCAACUAUGGACUCGGUCUACCCACGCAGGUGUAUCCGAUGUACGAGGCUGCCCUCCGUGCGCAUCGGGGACAGAGUCUAGCGGAGAAUCAUCGCGAGUCGAGUGAACUCUAUGCAGGAUAUGCGCGCGUAGCAGCACAGAACCCUAUUGCCUGGGGUCACGGGAAAGAGCCCGACACAGCGGACGCUAUUGGCAAGAUCACAAAAAGAAACCGAAUGAUCUGUUUGCCAUACCCUCUGGUUAUGAACGCCUUUAACAAUGUCAACAUGUCGGCUGCAUGUAUCAUCACUUCGCUUGAGCACUCCCGCCAUCUUAAAAUCCCCGAGUCUCAAUUGAUCUUUCCCCUUGGAGGCGCGGGAACUCAUGACCGUGAGCAUUUCUGGGAACGUAGCUCAUUCCAUUCCAGCCGGAGCUUGUCUUCCUGUUUGGAUGCGACGCUAGCAGUCUCGAAUGUUAAGACCGACGAUAUUGAUCUAUUUGAUUUCUAUUCAUGCUUUCCAAUAGUUCCCAAAUUGGCUUCUCUGCACUUGGGUAUUCCAAUUUAUGGCGGCAAGAGACCGACGACUCUACUUGGAGGCCUCACUUCUUUUGGCGGAGCGGGUAACAACUACUCCAUGCAUGCAAUCACGGAGAUGGUACGCCAGCUCCGGCAGCGUAAUGGACGUAUUGGCCUCGUCCUCGCCAACGGCGGCGUUCUGUCGCAUCAUCAUGCAGUGUGUCUGUCUCGAGAGCCACGAGGCGACGGUGCCCCUUAUCCGAAUCGAAACCCUCUUCCACAGCAUAUCAGCGAUGCCCAACCGCCUAUUGUCGAGAGUGCGCAGGGGAGCGCGAGAAUUGAGACAUACACGGUUCAAUACGAUCGCGAUGGAUCGCCCCUAGCGGGCUUUGUACUGGGUCGCUUGGACGAGAAUGGCUCUCGGUUUAUCACCAUCACAACUGAUGGUUCUACUUUGAAGGACCUUGGCUCAUCUAGCGAGCACGUUGGAAAGUCCAUCUGGGUGAACUGGGACCAAGAGACCGGGAGAAACACUUUCAAAUUUCUGGGGCCCAAAAUAUAA